AUUUAACUUCCGUGUUGCCUCGUUUUGAAAAGUAGGACGGCACGCGAGGAUAAGGUGACAGUUGUAAAUGAAAGUGAAAGUAGAACUUCGAGAUGAUUAUUGUUGUUAUGGGCGUUUGUGGCAGUGGAAAGUAUGAUUAAAACUACCAUUGGGUGCAGUGUUGCUGAACAGUUGAAAUGGCAGUUUGCUGAUGCAGAUGAAUUUCACUCUGUAGAAAACAAGAAGAAGAUGUCAGCAGGUCAAGCAUUAACUGAACAGGAUAGGUUGCCAUGGCUACAGUCAAUCCAUAAGUAUGCUAAAAGGUUAUCACAGAGUAACCAGUCUGGAGUAAUCACAUGCUCAGCUUUGAAGAAAAUCUACCGAGAUGUUCUAAGGUACGGAACCAGUUGCAAAAUGCAGUGUACAGCUGAAAUAAAGCCGGAUACAAAUGUAGACAAUAAGUGUGAGCAUCUGAAGGACUCGGAUUUGAAUGAUACACACAAAGAGGGAGUAGACGUUGUCAAAGAGGGAGUAGACAUUGUAUUUAUUCAUUUGACUGGUUCUAGAGAAGUUCUAGAAUCUCGAUUGACAAAUAGAAUGGGCCAUUUUAUGCCAGCAGAAAUGUUACAGUCACAGUUGGACACACUUGAGAACUUGGAAAGUCAGGAGAAAGGAUUUACUGUAGAUAUCAAUAACACUGAAACAGAAAUAACAAAGACAAUCAUAAGUCAACUUAACAUUUGAUUUAAUAUGCUUGGACAUUUACCCUUUCAGUUAUUGAUAAAUGUAAACCAAAACAAAAUGUUUAGUCAAAGUUUAAACAGAGCAUUUUUUAUAGUCUUAUUUCAUAUAACCAUUUGAUAUGAUUUAACAAUUAAUGCCCUAAAAUGUUAACAAGUUAUUAAAAUGGGUUCAGAAAAUUUUAUUUGGAGGUAGACAUAGUUGGCCCUUUAGGAACUGUCUUAGUAACCAAAUCUGUCUAUCAUUGUUAAGACUGCAUUGCUGUAUACCUGUUAACAGCAAUAACUGCUCUAAAAGGGUAAAAUAAAUUUUCUGCAAAUGUGAAUGGAAUCAUGAGGGGUGUCCCAGAAUUACGUGGACUUUUGCUAUAACUUUUUUAUUUUUUAAUGCAUUUUUUAGCAAAUUUAUACACAAUACCUUUAACAUAUCCUUAAUGAAUAUGUCCAUUAGUUUUAAAUUUCUAACAUUGCUUCGCUAUAGUAACGCAGUAUGCGCAGGGCGGGGCAGCCCAAUAUUUUGUAUUUAUAAGUUGUCUUUACUUUCGUAUAUCUUGCGUAUUUAUACGUAAAAAAUGGCGCGACGUCGUAAGCAUAUGCAGUGACGUCAUAUGAACGUUCGUUUGAAAUUUUGACGUCAUAGCUGUUUCCGUUAUUGUUUACCAGCGGACAACUGACAACCGUUGCUCUUGGAUAAUUAACAAAAAAUGACGUCCACGGAUUACGCAGAACAUCGGACUAUCAUCAAGUUUUGUGUUAAUCUUGGGAAGACGCCAACACAGACGCAGGAAAUGUUGGAGACUGCUAAAGUGAGACCUCCUGUUUGUCGAUCACUCGUUUUCAAGUGGCAUAAGCGUUUUCGAGAUGGCCGGGAGGACAUUGAAGACGACAAGGGUCGUGGGAGAAAGUCAACGUUGACUGCGGCGUCAAUUAAGGAAGUCAAGGACGUCAUAGAUCGGGACAGGCGUUACAAUGCUGAGUACUAUUCAAGGGCAAGCAAUAAUUUUGUGUUUAAAAGAAUUAUUUUUAAAAAUUAAGCUAAUCACAAUUUAUUAUUUUAAACGCAAUUUAUCCGCUUCAGCUUUUAAGAAAGUGAACUCAAACUGCUAUAGUAAGCAGUGCACAAGAUAGGUUAUUUCCCUUGUUAACGCACAUUGUCUUUGCGUACAAAAUAAUCUCCAUAAUAAUAAUAAUAGUACUGUAAUAAUAAUAAUAAUAAAAAAAGAAUAAUAAUAAUAAUAAUAAUAAUAAUAAUGAUAAAUAAUAAUAAUAAUAAUACGGCGUUAGCAUUAUCACCGUCGUCUUUAACACUAUCGUAACAAAAGUUAAUAGUAUGCUUUAUUAUUAUUAUUAUUAUAUCAUUACAGUGUACGACCAGUGGAUAUAUCGACACCAUAGGUGUAUUGAGUUAGGCGGCGACUAUGUUGAGAAAAACUGACAUUCAACGUCGCGCAUUUAUUAACAACUAGCGACGCCACCGGAAUGACGUCGUAACGUCAGAAUGGACUGCCCCGCACCCGCUACCCCUUGUCUCAUUACCCUGCCCACGGACACUGAUCCAGUUGCCGGACAACUUUGAAAUUUUUUGUACUAAUGCAAUAAAGUUGCAUUUUGUUCAUGUUAAUUUUGUUUGUUUUUAUUUUCUGUAGUUUUUGAGUUACAGCAAAAGUCCACGUAAUUCUGGGACACCCCUCGUAUAGAUUCUAUAUUCAUUUAUUAAUUGAAGUUAUUUCAGAAAAUCCUAUUACAUAUUUAUCAUGCAAAUGGUAAACUUGAUGGAAGAAUUUUGAUUAACAAACAAUUAAGGAAAAGCGGCAAACAGUAAACGUUUGGGUAUAAGAAAAGGGAGACAAUUACUUUUUUUUGUAAAAAAUUGGAGACAAUUGCAUUUAGUAUGAUAAUUAUAUUUGUAAACAGGAAGGGAGAUAAUUAAGUUACAUCAAGAGUCUCCAUGUUGUAUAAUUGGCCAGUUAUUAGUUUAAUUCUAGUCAUUCUUAAGUGUUCAUCAAUAUAGAAAUUUGCUCACAGUGUUUGCUCAGUAGAGGUUUGCUUGUAUACCGGUAUUAUCUGGAUUUUACACAAAUUUCAACAUAUUUUUGGUCAUAUUUAAGCAGUCAGUCCACCUAACAUACUUCCUGGAUAACUAACCAGUUAAAUAACCAAUUUCUUCUCAAGUGAUGUUUCAUAAACAAACUAUUAAGUGGAAAUUUAUUUAAAUAUUUUUAUUGAUUGUAACUCUAUGUAUACAUGUAACUCUAUGAACUUUGUAUACAUUUUGAUUGUAUGUUAUUUAUAUACUAAUUUAUAACUAGAAUAAAACUCAAACAUAGA